AUGAUGAGGUUCUCAUUCUUACUUUCAGCCUGGACAAUCUUUGCCGCCCAGUCACUCGCUUACUACGUCCUGGAUACGGAUUUCUUUACCGUCGAUACAAAUGGCUCAUUCUUCGACAAAUUCAAUUUCAUCAACGAGACAGAUCCAACUCACGGAACUGUAUCGUACAGACCCUACUCCGACUGUCGAGAUCUGAACCUCAUCCAGAACACAACAGAUAACAUAAUCAUGCGUGUCGACAGCACAAAUGCCCUAUCAGGCGACGAUGGAAGGCCAAGCGUAAGAAUAGAAAGCAAGAAGAAGUUUUACAAAGGCUUGAUUGUCGUCGAUGUCGAUCACAUGCCGGCUAGUAUCUGCGGUGUAUGGCCAGCAUUCUGGACAUACGGACCGGAUUGGCCCAACAAUGGCGAGAUCGAUAUCAUAGAAGGCAUUAAUCAAUUCCAAGCCAACCGCAUGACCCUCCACACAGCUCCCGGCUGCUACACCAAAAACCAGUCGACAUAUUCUCAACAAUAUUCCGGUUCCCUAUUGUACACGAAUUGUACCGCAGGCACUGGCUGUUCCAUCGGCACUCUCGAAACUAACACUUACGGCGACGGUUUCAACGCAAUCGGAGGUGGCAUCUACGCCACAGAAUGGACGGAAAAGUACAUCUCAAUCUACUUCUUCCCUCGAGAUGUCUGCGAACAAAGUGAUGUUAUCACUGGACCUCUUGGCAAGAACCCUGAUCCAAGCACAUGGGGCAUACCGCUAAGUCGCUUCGACCUAACAUGUAACAUCGAAAAGAACUUCCGAAAUCACAGUAUCGUAUUCGAUACCACUUUUUGCGGAGAUUGGGCUGAUGGAGCAAAUCAAUGGAAUUCAACAAUUCCAGUGAAUACUACUUGGCCACCGUACGCAACAUCGAAUUCUGGUGCAUGGCUGCAAAGUGGAAAGAAACAUGGUUUUGGACCAUAUUUUGCGUCGAAUUCGACUUGUGCAGCGAAAACGGGGAUGAUUUGCAAGGAUUGGGUGAAGAAGCGUCCGGAGGCGUUUAAGGAGGCUUAUUGGAGUGUUAAUGCGUUGAGGGUGUAUCAAGAGUAUGAUGGGUUGGCGAGUUAUGGGGAUGCGCCGGGGUCGUUGCUGGAUGUGGAUGUGGAGAUUGAUGUUGAUCUGUCGUUGGGGAGUGGUGAGGAGGAACAGCAGGAGGAGGAAAGUCAACAGCAGGAAGAGGAAAAUCAACAGCAGGAAGAGGAUCCACCGAGUCUUUUGGGAAGAGAGGCAUCGCCGCACGACGGGCCCGACGCCCCCAAGCAUGGCGGGCAUUUUGGACAUCAUAAGCAUAAGCAUCGGCAUUAG